AUGCCUCAGAUUUCAACACCAGAGUCUCUGCUUCCUCGAUCGGAUUCACUCGAUCCUGCAUCAACAUGUCGAGGCAUCACUUCUCAAGGUCGGCCCUGUCGCCGAUCUCUAGCACCUUCUCCAGCUUCCACUCCUAAAAAGGGAAAGAAACCUGAAGUGCAAGACCCAACUUCCUUUUACUGCUGGCAGCACCAGGAUCAAGCUGUGGCCGCGGUGCCAUCCCAGAGCUAUGAUGCGAAAAUUUCGCUCAAGCCGAGGUCCAGUAUCGACACUCUAAUGGACCGAUUGGGAGUCCUUGAAAUCAAAGAUGAUAAGCCGCCUCCGAAAUUAUAUGGUGGUCAAACCUAUACAAGCGGCGGUGAAUACCGGCGUCCGCGCCCCAAGAGUACUUUCUGUUGCUUUACAAUCUCGGAAGAAGAAGAUUUCAGACCAGCUAAACCUGUACAAAGACCUCAGAGUCAAGGUCGGCCAACUCCACAGAAAGUCCAAGGGCCUCCACGGCCAACAAAAUCAUCACCGCCCUCAGCAUGGGUACCUUCUACCCUCAAUCCAGAAAUAACAUCCACUCUUCUCUCAGAGGUCACAAAACCUAUAUCCGAUGCCGAUGAGGAUGGCUAUAUUUACAUGUUCUGGCUCACGCCCUCAGCUGAUGCUAAAGCUCCACUCCCAAGAGACAUUGCCAAAUCUGUUCUCCCCCAGCACCCAAUGGGAAAUGACAGCCUCCGCCCGCCUACCCAGUCGCGGAGCGUAAGCGACGCUCUUCGCGCAGCUGAAGAUCUCAAUGCCAUGACAACGAAACCCACGUCAACGACACCAGGAACCAUCAGGCUCAAAAUUGGACGCACGAGUAACGUUCAUCGCCGGAUGAAUGAAUGGACUCGACAAUGUGCGUAUGAUUUGACUUUGAUCCGCUAUUAUCCGUAUACACCAUCGUCGUCUGCCUCUUCGUCUCCCGCUAGAAACCCAGUUGGCGCAAAAGGACAGCGCUCUCAUUCGGAUCUGGUACCGGGUAGAAAAGUACCCCAUGUUCAUCGGGUUGAAAGACUGAUUCAUCUUGAACUGGAUGAUGUUCGUUUGCGUGAUUUGGGUAAAUGUAGCGAGUGUGGCAAGGAGCAUCGUGAAUGGUUUGAAAUCGAGGCUACCAAGGAGUCUUUACGGAGGGUUGAUGAAUGUGUGCGUCGAUGGGUUGCAUGGGCGGAGUCUCAUUAA